GCAGAGAUCUAGGCAGAGAACCGGUGGAGAGAAGGGAGGGAGGGGGCUGAAUAAAGCAGAUCUCAGCCUGUGUAUUUUGCAGACAGCUAUUAACUAGUUCUGUGGCUACCUUCUUCCUAAGCACAGGCUUCAGCUGAAUUAAAACAAAGAGCAUUAUGGUCUAGUGCCAGAGAACAGAAGUUUUCGCCUGAUUCUUGGUUUUGUUCCGGUGUCCUGUCACCCUGUCCAUCUACAGCGUCUGGAUAAAGAGGUUCUUCAGGUUCUGUGAGUGUCUGUCACUUGCCUUUACAGCAAGGAUACCAGCCGUUACUUCAACAGGUUUCUGGUCAGGAGACAAAGCAUGACGGACAACAGACAAGAUGAGUCAAAGCCAUCUCCUUGGGCUCCUGGACAACAUACAGAGGCUUCGCCACUCCCACACACCACAGACAUGAAGGAACAAGGGGGAGCAGGAGAUGGGAUGGUCCACAGCUCCAACGGCAUUCCAUUCAGAGAGGCAGAAGAAAGAGGAUAUGGGGAGCGGGCUCUCCAAGCCUCACAUUCCACAAGCAAGGAGAAUGGCAUUAAUGGAGAAAUACCAUCUGCAGACUCUGAAACCGCAGAAGAGGUAUCUGCACGAAUAGUCCAAGUAGUAACUGCUGAUGCUGUAGCGGUCCUCCGAGGUGAACAGGAGAUGGAAGCCCAGCACAAAGGAGCCCCAGGACAACUACCCUUAGCUGUUGAAGAUAUGACCAACUUGCCUCCAUCGCCUCCCCCUUCACCUGCUUCAGAGCAGGCAGUCACAGUGGAGGAAGAAGAGAGAGUUAAGGGCCAUUUGACUGAGGAACAAGAAGAGAAAGCUCAGGAGGCAGAAAUCAGGUCAACCGAGCCCUCUAUACUGGUGCUUGGUGAAGACCAAGCAGUUUCAAUCUCUGAGGUCACACAACACCAUGAAGAAAGUGUUGUAAGCGAAAUAACUCCCGGAAAAAGCAAGGCAGAAUCUACUGCUAGCACGUUGCCUUCCUUGCCAGAGGAAGAUUUACUUACAGCCUCGAAGAUGGACACACAAGAAAAGUUGGCUUCAGUUCCUUUUUCUGUGAAAAGUGUAGACGAAGCUGAAGAUAAAUCAUCAGUUAAGAGUAUGACCCAUGAGGAACCAAAACAAGAUACCUCUUCUUUGUGUGCAUCUGAGAAGGAUGUGAAAAAAUCUGACUGGGAUGUCGAGGGGCUGUCGAGCACUGUGAUGGGAUCUGAAUCUUCAAACAUUAAUGCUUUUGCAGUAGAAUCGUGCCAUCCAACAUCUUCUGAUACUGAAAAACAAGAGAUAAAAGAAAUUCCAAAGAAUGGAAAAAAAGUAGAAGAUAGUAUGAUCCAGGAUUCCACAAAAGAUUCUUCUAUAAAAGAAAAAGAUGACCUUUCAACACGACAAGAAUGUAGCGAUGAUCCUUUCUAUGAUUAUUCUUCAAAUACAAGCGAAAUGUCUUCUGUGAUUAAGGAGGGGCAUGGUAUCAAAGAUGAACUUUCUUCACAUUCAUCAUUGACAUCCAUGGUUUCUGGUGACAAAGAUACUACAGAUGCGGUCAAACUAGAACCAUCUCAAACGGAGAUACCCAAAGGCCAUCCAGUGGAUAGCCACAGUGAGAUAGAUCAGAUUGAAGGUGAUACGUUCAGUACAGCUAGUGUGCUGCAGUCUGUGACAUCUCAAAAAACUCCUGCAGAUGAGCUAACUACCACAAUAGUUUUGAGUGAUGUGACUGAAAAAGACAACAUCAUGCAAAUAGAGGAAACAGAUAUGAAGCCUGAAACACAUAAAUCACAUUCUACCACUGACCCCCAAUUAGUCCAAGAGGAAGCUGCCUUUGACAAGUCUGCUGAUAAAGUAGAUACAAGUGAAGAAUCUGAUGUAAAGACUGUUGAAAGUGGGAUGGAUGAACCAAGGGGUCCAAGUGCUUGUAGCCCGUUAAGUGAACCGCUCUUCCCUGGUGACUAUGAUAUAGAGACAAAAUAUUCAUCAACUAAAGAUGAUUCAGAUUCAUUUAAAGAUGACAAGUCUAAACUUUCUGAAGAAAAAUCUUUUCCCCAACUUGACCAUGAGACCAAGGAACCAGUUGAACAUAAAAUGCAGCUUCAAGAAGACAAGUCUGGAAUGUCUACUUAUUUUGAGACUUCUGCUUUGAAAAAGGAAGAUGCAGAAAGUGAUAUUCAGCAAAGCAGUGACUACUAUGAGCUGACUGAUGUUAAGGAACCUGCAUAUGAAGCUGGCUCCAUUCCUCAUAUAGCAAAAGCUGAUGAUGAUGAAGAUAGCACUGACCUAGAACCCAUCGCUGAAGAAAAAGUUACUACCCCUGCUCAAGAAGUUGGAUAUAGUAUGCUUACAUCUGUGAAGCUACAAUCCAACAUUGCUAAAGGUGACAGGUUGUUUACUAUAGAUCCAAAUAUUUAUGCAGACAAAUCAGAAUUCCAGAGCAGAAAUAAGGAUGAUCUCACUCUUAGUCGAAGCUUAGGACUUGGGGGGAGAUCAGCCAUUGAACAGAGAAGUAUGUCAAUAAAUCUCCCUAUGUCGUGUCUUGACUCUAUUGCAUUGGGAUUUAGCUAUGCCCGUGCACAUGAUCUCUCACCCCUUGCAACAGAUAUAUUAUCUAAUACAAGUGGGAGUCUGGAUGAAGGUGAUGAAUGUGACUUACCAGCCACUACACCAUCUUUAGAGAAGGCACCUUCAUUCCCAGAAGAAUCAGAACAGGAAGAAGUGGAGGACCAUACAGAGACAGAAAAAAUCUCAGUAAAGGAAAGGUUUGAGCUUGAGCCAUUAUGUGAAUCUCAGUACCCAGCUAAAGAGUAUUACAAAAAUGGUACAAUUAUGGCACCUGAUCUUCCUGAAAUGUUAGAUUUAACUGGAUCACGGUCAAGGCUAGACUCAGGGAGUGGGGAAUCUGAAGCAGCUAGGAGAAAGUCUGAAGCAUCUGAGAUCAUUAUUGAUGAAAGUGCAGUUAUCCAACAAGCAAUUGUCCAUGACACUAGCCAACUUCUUGUAAAGACAGACAGUCAGCAGGAAGAACUGGGAUAUUGUGUUUUUAACAAAUACACUGUCCCUCUUCCCUCACCAGUUCAGGAUAGUGAGAGUUUAGCUGGAGGAAUGUCCACCCUUUACGAAGGCCAUGGUGUGGAUCCAUCAAUAAUAGAAGUCAAGUUAGCAGCAGCUGAAAAACUUGAAAAAGAAAGCCAAGACCUUCCUGGUGAACCCAUCACACCAGGGUGGGAGUCAGAAGUGGAUAAGAAAGCAUCAGAUAAUAAACUUGACACAGUUUUAGAAAAAAGCGAAGAACAAAUAGAUCUUAGGGAAAGUCCUGAUGAUACAGAUGUUCUUAUAUCCCAAACAGAAAACAGUGAGUCUGUUAGGCAAGCCACUAGUGAAGUGAAAAUAACAGAAAAGAUAGGUGAGAAGGGCACGGAGGAGCCAUGUGUUCCUGGAGAUGAUAAAAUAUCAUCACAGGAUUUAAUUGAUACAACUCCUUCAGAACCUAAAGAAAAAGAUACAGCUCUUAGUGUAGCACCAGAGACAGACAAAAAAGAAAUAUUUGAGAAAGAAGAGCCUUCAGAUCUUGAUACUGAGGUAUCUCCUAUUCAUGAGCAGCCCACUGAACAUACAAAGGCUGAGAUUAAGUCAGUAGAUGUGUGUAAGGAAGAACAUGUCCCCGAAGAUAAUGCAAAAGACAAUGAUUCCAGUAUGGUUAAAGAUACAACAGAAGUAGAUAAUGAUGGGAAUGAGGAUGCUGCCCUUCUGAAGGAUGGAGCCAAGCUUUCUGAAAUAGAUUUAAAAGAGAAAGGUGCAAAGCCAGACUUAGUUCAUCAAGAAGCGGUCGAUAAAGAAGAAUCCUAUGAAUCCAGUGGAGAGCCAGAACAACCACAAGAACCUGUACUAGAAGUGACCAAGGACACCCAGGCUGAAAAUGCCCAGAAGCCAGAUGCAAUAGAUAGCACCACUGAAGUUCCAGAGGAAACUUCUGAUGUUACUGUCUCUGUAAAACAUGAUGAAAUCAAACAGGACUUAACAGAAGAAGUGCAAAUGGAAGACAUAACUGAGCCUGAAGUUGAGAAAAAUAAAGAACCUCUGCUAGAAGAGCAAGUAAUUGAACAAGAGACAGAUGAACAGGUUGAAGAACAUUUUGAUAAUGAAGAACCGGAUGUAGAGGUAGUAGAGGAAGAGGUGAAAGAACCAGCACAGAAUAUACCAGAACAGGAGACUGUAGCUGAGUCAGUUGAUGACGAACCUGUGGUAGAAUGCACUGAAGAAGUGACAGGUGUCAUAGAGUCUGUUGUCACAGUUGAAGACGACUUUAUUAAAGUGGUCCAGACCACUGUGGAUGAGGGUGAACCAAUAGCACAUAGUGUACGCUUUGCAACUGCAGUACCUACAGAAGGUGAAGAGCAACCCUACACAGAAGAGGAAGCGGAAGAAGAAGAGGUCAGAGAUGAACCUAAAGAAGGGUCACCUUGCACCCCAGCAUCUCCAGAAAAAGAAGAAACCAUUUUUACUGAAUACAAGACUGAAACACAAGAUGAUUACAGAGAUGAGACAACAAUAGAUGACUCUGUACUGGAUACAGACAGUGCCUGGGUAGAUACACAAGAUGAUGAUAGGAGCAUUAUGACUGAGGCGAUAGAGGCCAUUCCUAAGGAAGAGAAGGUUGAACCAGAUGUGCAGCGACCAACUGUUGAGAGAUUUAGAAAGGAGAAGCCUUUAAAAUCUGGUCGAGGUCGAAUGUCUACUCCCGAGAGAAAGAUGACGAAACGGGAACCCAGCGCAACCUCCAGAGAUGAAGUGAGAAGGAAAAAAGCAGUACUUAAGAAAGCUGAAAUGUCUAAAAAGUCAGAUGUUCAACCUCACUCCCCAUCCAGGAAAAUUAUUUUAAAACCUGCCGUCAAGCAGUCUAGACCUGCUCAUCUGUCCUGCGUGAGAAGGAAGCCGGCAGCUGGGGGAGAACCACAACAGGUCCCUAGUGCACAUCGACAGUCUAAAGACAGGAUCAUGGAUGGCAUGAACAAGAGUCCAGAGAAACGCUCAUCCUUACCAAGGCCGUCGUCCAUACACCCCACCAGAAAAACAUUCCCUGCUGAUAAAGAGGAAAAUUCUUUCUCUACCAGCACAUCUGUGUCCUCUUCAGCCCGUCGCACUACGAGGUCUGAGCCAAUAUGGAGUCGAACAGGGAAGAGUGGUACUUCUACCCCAACCACCCCAGGUUCUACUGCUAUUACACCUGGGACACCGCCUAGCUAUGCUUCCCGAACACCAGGCACACCGGGUACUCCAAGUUACUCCCGUACACCUCGUACUCCAGGAACACCAAAAUCUGCUAUGUAUUUCUCUGAGAAGAAAGUCGCCAUCCUACGCACACCGCCAAAGUCUCCUGGAACACCCAAACAAAUGCGUGUCGCAAGCCAGCCUAUGCCAGAUCUGAAGAACAUUAGAUCCAAGAUUGGAUCCACAGACAAUAUUAAGUACCAACCUAAGGGUGGACAGGUUAAGAUCUUAAGUGAGAAGAUUGAUUUUAGUGAUGUACAGUCGCGUUGUGGCUCAAAAGAUAACAUCACUCAUAAUGCUGGGGGAGGAAAUGUCCAGAUUCAAAGCAAGAAGAUUGACCUUAGUCACAUCACUUCAAAAUGUGGAUCUCUGAAGAACAUACACCACAGACCAGGAGGAGGGCACGUGAGGAUCGAAAGUGUAAAACUGGACUUCAAGGAGAAAGCGCACGCAAAGGUUGGUUCACUUGAGAAUGCUCACCAUAUCCCCGGAGGUGGUCACAUUAAGAUUGACAGCCAAAAGCUGAGUUUUCGGGAAACAGCUAAGGCCCGUGUAGACCAUGGUGCAGAAAUCAUCACACAGUCUCCAGGUCGCUCCAGCCUUGCAUCCCCUCGCCGUCUCAGCAACGUGUCCUCUUCUGGAAGCAUCAACCUGCUAGAAUCCCCACAGCUUGCUACCCUAGCAGAAGACGUCACUGCAGCCCUGGCCAAACAGGGGUUAUGAAUGUGUUCUACCUUAGCAGUGUAUGAAGUAAACCACAAAUAUUAAUAAUAAUAAUAUGAAUACUGAUAUUUACGCAUGAGCUCUUGGCAGGAUUUGGACUCAGAGCAGGUGUCACAUCCAUUACUUUCAGAUCCUUCUACACAGCAAACAGAUGUUACCUUUACAAAAUACCUAUGUAUGUCAAGGUUUAUUCAUUACAUACAUAAUUGUUUCACUGUACGCCUUGAAAUUUACCCUACAGGCUACUGAGAGUGUGAAUAUCCUAUGAUAAUUUUAGAAAGGUUGGUUUGCUCGUUAGAAUUUGUCAUUGUUUAAGAAAACCAAACUUCACAUGUUAGGAUACCCCAAAGCAUCACCCAAGUUGCAAUCACCGCUCUUGGCUAGUCUUGCAUGGAGCCCUUAAAAUACUUGGUGUAAGUUCAACAUGUGCCUGCCAACCACUCAAACAAAGUUUGCAUUAGAGCCAUGUGCAGUCAGAGACUGCUCAUCUACCUGUCCAGUUCUGAUAGUGGUCCACUUCUUGUUCCAUCAAAAUCAACCCCUUAGGCUAAAAAAAACCCAUUGAUGCUUUCUGCUGUAAGGGAGCUACAAGUGAGACCUCAAAAAAGUCCAAUUUUCUUUUUUGAUAGCUUGAGAUUGGCCAUGCCUCUUUAAGGAGGACAGUGCCACCAAUCUAAGGAGGAUUUUGGAAUAAUUAUGGGGAAAUGAAGUUAAUAAGGAGCUGUUAAACUUAAAGCAUCUAUUUUAUGACUUGUCCCUGUAUAUUUGCUAGACUUGUAGCUGCUCUGUUGGCCUGCAUUGCUUUGCAGCUCAUCUCACUCGUUGAAGCAGCGGAGAUCAUGAAAAGAGAACGUAGCUUUGUGCAUAGGCAAACAUUUCCUCUCCCUUUUUUUCCACUCGUUUGAUACAGUAUUAUUAAUCUAGAUGUAUAUAUAUUUCUCUGUGGCCAUGUUUUCAUUCACUCUCCCAAACCCUUUCAUAUACUUGAAGAUUCCAUUUCUUAUUCACAGUAUCUGUGUCUAUUGCACCAUCUGGUAAAGCAAUUUUAGGUAGGCAUAAUUUAAUGUUAGGAAAGCUUCUCAUUUUUUUCCUAUAUAAAAAUAAAAACAAUGAAAAAAAAAUUACAUAUGUUUGAAUAAAAAGAAAAAAAAAGUAAACAGCAAAGCUCUUUAGCAUGAAUUUGCUCUGUUCAAGACCCUAGGAACCAUUGGCUGUCUUGGGUUCACUUUAAUUUUUAUGCUGGAAAGCUCCAAAACAAGGCGUUUUUGUGAAUGACUGUGCUUUUUGUCUUGCUCCUGAUUUUAAAUUAAGGGCUGUUGUACGAGUUGGUUUUUAAUCUUGAAGAUUACUCUUUCACAUAUCCCUUCAUGAGAUUCAACCAACAAGGUUUUGCCUGUUUUUUCCCUUUUUGCUAAAGUUGAACUUCAGACAUGCCUUUUUCUACUUACUGACCAUCACUAUGACUUCAUGCACUACUUAAUUUUCCAACAAUAUUUAUGACAUUUUAUAACCCAUUCUCGAGCAUUCUCCCCUUGCACAAAUCUAAGUAAUGUAGUGCAACAUCUACUUUAUAAUUAAUAUCUAAGCAUCUCCUUCUGUCAUUAGCCAGGUAACUAUGAGCUUAUAAAUAAUUAGGCUGAUGAGUAACGAGGAAAUAGAUUUCCAGAUCAAGUCUAAAUAUGAUAGACCACGACAUGCACACAUUCCAUCAAUUCACAAACUCUCCUACACUUACUGAAGUCAUCUUCUCAACCAUGUUGCAUUUGUCACAAAUAUUUAAUAUUUAUUAUGGUGAAGAUCAGACACACAUUCAGUGAGCGAAAGGUUUAGUCAACCAGCGGUAAAUUAAAUAUGCAGUAGGUAAGUAUAUGGUUUUUGUAUAUUACAUAAAUUAAUCAAGUUGAGCCCUGUUUGUGUCAACAAUUACAAUUAACUAGUCAAAAGAGGUCUAGCUUCGUUAGCGUAGCAAAUAAUUCAGCCUUGAGGAUUAUGAUUUGGGUACAUUCUUCAUCGACUAACCUUAUUAUGGUUAAAAAUAUUAGUACAGGAAGGAGAUGUUUUAACAAGUCUAUGUAAAUUAUUUUAAAGAUAGUCACCAAAUAGCUUAUUCUAAUAUAAUUAGACUGUACAGGAAUAUAUAUUAACAAUCAUUACUCUCUCCCUUUCUUCUUUGUAGCUGUAACCUAAUUUGUCAUUGCUGGAAUUAAUAUAUUUUAUUGAGCCAACAUAAUUGAGGUACUUUGGACAUUGCUUAAAAUGUCUUAGGAAACAAUCUAAUCUAUGUAGCAUCUUUAUCAAUUACAGAAAUGUUGUUGGGAGAUGCUAGUCUUAUUUAGACAUUCUUUAUGUCAUAUUAUACAUUGUUACUGAGGAAGAGAUGGGAUUAAAUCUAGUUCUUGUAGGUGACCUCACACAUCCAAUGUUCCAAGUGCCAUAUAACACCAAUGGUCCUCUUCUUUAAGUCAAUGUUUGGAGUAAAACUUUGAAUGUGCAUAAUUAUAAAGGACACCUGCCACGUAGUGUGCUACAUACUUAGUUUCAUAGUACUAUUGAUCAUGUGGACUAGUGAAAUAAUUCGGAUUUUCAGCUAGUCUCACAAGGCCAGAGAUGGUAUU